UUCAAACUCGCGGUCGUGUUUUUUCUAACAGAGAUUAUUUAUAACUUCACGAAAACAGCUAUCGUGGAUAUAAUUAAUUUUUUCUUAAUGAGCGCCACGGUGUUAACUUAAUCAGUGGACUUACGGCUAUUGUAGAGCGAACACCUAUACGGCCGACAGGACUGGGACGUGUUGUGUGUGUGUGUGUGUGCGUGUGUGACCCAGGAUUGUAACAGGCUUUCUGUGGAACUUAGUUCAUUGAGGGCUUGACACGACUUUUUUUCUGGUGGUUUACGGUAAAGAAAGCGUCUUGAUCUGGCGACAAAGGGAUGACGUCACAAUGAUGGGACGGGCGACUUUGAAGAACAGCGUGGCCUAGGAGGAACAUGGUGGCCUAAGGAGGAUGGCCAACCUCGGAAAAUCAGCGGCAUCGUUGGUCAUCACACUAAUCAUUCUGACGGCUGCUGUGCGGUCAGUUGUUGGUGAUGGAGUGCGGUGUCACAACGUCAGCCGGCAGAAAGGAUCAAAACCAACAGAAAUCCAGACGGUCCUUGAGAAGAACGAGGCACUUUUGUUGUUGCUUGUGGGCUUUGGUGGGCUUUCUGUUAUACUCGCUGUUGUCUAUGUUCUGAUAAGGCGUCACGUGUUCGAUGACUUCAACAAUCUCGACUCCUCCUUCGACGCCGGGGGCAACGUCUCCGCCUCGCUGACCGCGGUGACCAUCGCCGCCCAGCUGCUCUGGCCAGCGGACUUGAUGCAGAGUGCCACCAUAGCGGUCAAGUAUGGUAUCGCCGGGGUGUUCUGGUACUGUUCCUCCGUCUUGAUUAAUCUCUCAUUGUUUCCGCUGCUGUCUUUCAAAUUUAAGACGCGUGCACCUGGGGCCAAGACGUAUUUACAGAUUAUCCUAGCUAGGUUUGGACGCCCCGCCCACAGCAUAUUUUGUGUGUUCGCUUUGCUUGUAAACAUCAUCGUACUCACCUCCAUCUUAGUUGGGGGCAUCGCUGUCUUAAGUAUGACGGUGAAAGACGCCACACCAGAGUUCAGUGUUCUAAUCCUGGCUAUACUGUGUGGGAGCUACUCAUUCAUUGGUGGGCUGGGCUCGACCUUCUACGUCAGUUACUUUAACGCUCUAACAACCUGUCUGGUGCUUACUAUUCUGGUCAUAAGUGUUUUUUAUACUUCCGAUGCCCCAUUUGGCACAUUGGAAGAAAUCUACCUCAAGGUCAACUGUACAGAGCCGGUACCUGGCAACAAAGAUGGCAGCCACUUCACGUUUUUGUCGGAGGGGGCGAUGCUCUUUGCUGUACAGGGUCUAUUUUUAGUCUCAAGCAUCACCUACUGCGACCAAGCCAGCUGGCAGAGCCGGAUCGCGGCCAAGCCCCUCCAGGGGGCGGUGGGCUUCCUGCUGGCGGGGUUCAUCUGGUUCGCCAUCCCGGCCACGGUGGGGCUGGUGACGGGCAUCACGUACCUGGCCCAGUCCUCGGUGGACGAGACGGUCAUGCUGACCGAUGAGCAGAUCAACUCAGGUAUCGUGUCUGCCUACAUGUCCCAACUUGCACUGGGCAAGCAGGGUGGGAUCAUGAUGUUGACCAUGUUGACCAUGCUGACCAUGUCCACCGGUUCAGGCGAGAUCAUGGGUGUCUGUUCCAUCAUAGUCUACGACAUCUACCAAACCUAUAUUAGGCCUUUCAGGUUUAAACUCCCUCCAACUCACUGCGUAUUUUGCGGGCUACCGAAACACAACAAUGGCAGGCACUCUACAGCCCACACGCCCACGGCACCCACCCUUCCCCACACAACCCCCAACCUCACCCCACAGCCCAGCGUGUCAUCGCCCCACCCCCCUGUAUGCAAGUGCCCCCCGGCCCUGACUUGCUCCGAAUGUAAGGCGGACAUCCAGAGGAGCAGCAACAGUUCGAAGAACCCAGGGAAAUUCUCCCAGCAUCAGUGCAGGUACCACGGCAACUUCCGGACCUACCAGGAUUCUCUAAUAGAAUUCAAGAACUGGUGUGUACUAUGGGUCACGAUUUGUCUGGUUCCGUUCGGGCUAGCGGUCAACGCUUCCGGUGUCAAUCUGAACUGGACGCUGCUAGUCGGAACCAUCCUCACCGUCCCCAGUUUCCCGGGGGUCAUUCUGUGCAUCAUCUGGAGUCGUACCACCAGCAAGGGAAUGAUCGUAGGCUGCCUCUCUGGUCUGGUCUGCGGCGUGACCUCUGACCUCCUGGUGGCCUACGUGUACUACAAGGGCGAGGGCGGGUUCCUCGUCUGCACGGCCGAGCUGUACGCCGUGGUGGCCGGCUCUGGCAUCAGCAUGCUGGUCAGCUUGACCUUGACGGUGCUGGUCUCGCUGUCCACGCACCAGAUCGCCGGCCCGGAGGACGAGGAUAGGGAGUGGAGCAAGAUGCGGGACAUCGACAAUCCGCUCCACCCCUGGAGCCAACAGUUCGUGGAGGAGUACCCCGAGGUCUUGGACGGCCAGACCCGACCCAGCUACACCCAGCUGGAACACGUCUCGAGACACGGCCGUCUAGCCGCCAUUAUCGGCGUCGUCAGUUUUGUUUUCAUCUUCAUCGUCCUUAUCCCGGGAUCAAUGGCAAGUCUUCAGGUACUGACGUCAUCAGAGUUCCGGUCCUGGACCACGGUCAUCUCCGUCUGGUGCUUCAUCAUGACCGUCAUCACCGCGGUGGUCACGCCCUUCGAGGAGGUCAAGGCCAUCGUCCUGCAGCUUCGCGUCCGGAAGAAGCGCCGGCAGCAGGCAUGCGCAGACGCCUGUUCGCACCAGGCUCGCGCGCGCCGCAGUGUCGAGGACAGCCUGGACGAUCGCUCGCUGUCCAGCGAGGACCUUGAUGAGAAGAUGGACAUGCUGGAUCAUACAGGCCCACAAGGAUCUCAUAGGCUGACCAACGGGAGCAGACGUGUACUGGACUCUAAUCAGGAUUGCCUUGACAGAAGAAUCUCUCCGCCAACGAAAACGAAAUCGGAAACGGUUGUUUAAUCAUCGCCGUUGAAUUAAAUGUUAAUGAAAUUAAUUUUUAUUUUUCCGAAAAGGGAGUUAUACGUUUGUUUAGUUUUCACGAAACCGCAAGUGGAAAAAUAUUGUUUUUACUGUUACUGCAUUGUUAAAUCUAUGUUUAGACAUAGUGAAUAACUAAUCAUAAUCAAAACUAACUCAUCUUGGAAACAAGAUUAGGAUUACGCUCUCUGUCAUUAUCAAGAUUACGGUUAUGUUAAGGAUUAGCGGAUAAGAUAGACUAUAGUUAAGACAAGGGUUAGCUUUGGCGUAGCUAUUCUACCUGUAUAAUAUCGAACCUGCUUUAUCAGUUUUUAUAAGACACGCUGUCGUUUGAACCAAAAUAAUCCUAAUAUAUAAAAGCCCAUGUGCGCACUUCUCUCUCUCUCUCUCUGUCCGCAAAAUAUUUUCGCCGGAUAUCACAUCAGAAUCUGCAGUGAUAUAUGAAGAACUUUAUACGGACUUUGGUUGAAAAUAAUAUGUUAGAUGUUUUAAAUGUAUAACCACAAUUUUAUUUAAAGACGAAAAAAAAAUAAAAAUAAAGGCGUAUUCGAAUGUAGAAAAACAAUUUUAAUUAUGCAACCGGAAAAAUGUUUAUACUUGUUACAAGACCGCAUUUAACAAUGACGUCGCUUAUUGUUUACACUAAAAAAAGAGCACGAAACUGAUGACGUCAUCUUCCGAGUUUAGAAUGAAAUAAAGGAAUGAACUAUUUCAUUCAAAUAUGAUUUAGAGCUAGAUUCUACGUACGCUAUGAAAUGUAUACAAUACGAUUUUCUCGGCCUAAACUUUUAUAAGUUUUUACUUUAUCUAUUUAAAUUCUAGAUAUAGAUCUAGAUCUAGAUUCUAGAUCUAGACUAGCUCUACGGAAAAACUAGACGUAGACGCUAAGAUCUGGAUUUAGACUAUCUACUAAAAACAACAUAACUACAAUUGAACAGCCGGGUUUUAAAAGAAAUCUUUUAAGUCUCUUAAUUUUAAGUUUCUUAAUCAGAGAGUGCAUUUAAUAUGGUAUGGUUACCGAUGAAGAAAUGAACUAUUUCAUUUAAAUCUAUAGAUCUAUUCAUAAAAACCUAAUAAAAAUAAAUCACUUUAAAAACAAGAAGAAUACCGUGGAAUAGCCGAGUUUUUAACGGAAUCAUUUAAGUCACUUAAUCAGUGUGUGCCUCUGUGUUAUGUUAAAUGUGUCGGAUUUUUAGCUAAUUAGUUAUUUCUUUGCUUUGUUAGUAAUAUCGUUCAGCGUGUAGUAAUGCACAUUGCGUUUUGACCAAUAACUAUUUUAUAAAUUAUUUUUCUCAAACAAGUUCAACAUUUUAAAAUAUAUUGGCCUAUAAUUCACGUGAAACGGGUACCGAUGGCUAGUAUAGUUAAUAAAACCCCUGCCUCAUAAAAUUAUGGACUAGGGGGAGUAGCUCAGUUAAUACAUCGUUGUUUAAAAUAAUAAUAUUUCCCCUUUAUUUUGAGGCUGCCUUUUUAAACUGUUUAGCAGUAACUGUGAUUACAUUUGCUGCAUUAACUAAAAUGCGGUUUAGUGUUAGGAGAGUCUAAGGAGAUGUGCGGUCUAGUGCUAGAGGAGGUGUGGACGUGCUAGGGGAGGUGUGGAUGAGAUAGGGUAGGCGUGGUCUAGAGCUAGGGGAGGUUUGGUCUAGUGUUAGGGGAGGAGUAGACUAGUGCUAGGGGAGGUGUGGACUA